AAACCAGUGGCAAAACAUAUGGGGAUGUUUGUUAUAUGUGGUGUAUAGUGAAACUAUGGUGUCUAUAGAAAAAAAGGAAGGUGCCAAUUUGAUGGGAAAGAAGUAUAAGUUGGUGCCCCCCGAUGGGGGAUGGGGGUAUUUAGUAGCAAUAUCGGCGAUUAUAAGUUUUUCGACAACUACGGCGUUUGCUGGCUGUUUUGGAAUGAUGUACGAUGACUUCAUAAAUGCUGUAUCAAUGAGUUCUGCAAGCGUCACUCUGCUUCUGGGAAUAUACUGCAUAUCUAUUGCGUUAGCUGCUUUCUUCACAUCGGCGUUGCUGAAUAUAAUGUCGAAGCGUAAACUCGCCUUCGUCGCCUCAGUGAUAUUUGCGUGUGGAACGCUAGGCACCGUCAUAAUGACCACACCGCUUAUGUUUUUCCUUACUGCUGGAGUUUUUCAGGGUAUCGGUUUGGGCAUAAUGUAUAACUUAUCCUGCACUAUUGUGAACGAAUACUUUACUGAAAAACGAGUAUUAAUGAUGAGCUUCGUACAAACUAUGACAGGACUCAAUGCAAUGGUAGCUCCAAUAUUUGUGAAAUGGUCGCAAGAGACUUUUGGAUCGAAGGGGUCUCUACUACUCAUUGGAGGUUUAUCGUUAAACAAUUUUGUGGCUGUGAUGCUGAUGCAACCAGUUCAGUGGCACAUGAAAAAAGUUCCAUUUGAAGUAAACGAAAAGACUGAACUUAAGAACCUUCUAGAAGUAGAAGAGAACAAAGACGACAGAGCUGAAACUCCAGUUUUAAAACUAUCAGAUCUAUCAGAUUUAGAAGGUACUACUACUAAGGAAACUUUAGAAAAGUACUUCGAAAUACCAGCAAAGAAGAAAAGUGGUAUCAGAAGAGUAAUAGAAUCAGUGAUAGACACAUCUCUGAUCAAGACGUUUCUGCUUUCCUGCACAUCAUUGGGACCAGCAUUGUGCUCGACAGCUGAUGGUAUCUACAUUGUUAUGGUGCCUCAGUACUUAUACUCCAUGGAAUGGAAUCAAGAAAAUGUAGCGAUGGCGCUCACGUUAUAUGGUUUUGGAGAUCUAGCAACAAGAGUCCUAUUCACGGUUGUCUCAAAGUGGAUGUACAAACUUGGUAUUCAGAAUAUUUAUAUUGUUGGUGUAGCUAUAGCAGCCUUGUCCAGAAUUGGUAUGCUCUGGUCCAACAGCACGAUGGUGAUCCUAGUCUUCUUCACAUUAAUGGGAGUAGCUCAUUGUUCCAUCGCCGUACUUAUGCCAUUGGUCGUCUCUGAUGCUGUAGCUCCUGAGAAGUUCACAUCAGCUAUGGGCAUCCUUCUACUUCUCUCUGGUUCAUUGAGCAUGGGUAUUGGACCUGCUAUUGGCGCCAUCAGAGACAUCACCAAUAGCUACGCGUCAGCAUUUUACACUUUGAUCAUGUUGUAUGGACUCAUCUGCGUGUUAUGGCCGAUAGAAAUGAUUAUAAAGAGUAGAAAGCAAAGAAGAAGAGUAAACAAAGAAGAUUAUGAAUCUAGUCAAUUAAAGAAAGAAUUAAAAUGAA